CGCUCUCUCUCCCCCGGUUUCUCUUGUCUUCUUGCUGCGGCGAUGGACCAAGAAACCUCACGGGAACCCCACUCCUUGAGGAGCCGUCCAGUGCCGCAUUAGUGGGUUCCAUUCUUCUUUGGAUCGCUGCUCGCGAUCGCAUUGCCCGCGUUUCUUUUGGCCGUCUUGGUUCGGUCUUGAUUCUUGGACGAGGUGGGAUUUGGAGAGCCGAGAGCGGCGCGGCAGAGGCGGGUUUCUCGGUCGGGCUAGAUUGUUUCCAUCGAGAUGGUGGGCGGCGGAGGGCAUUCGUCGAUGGACCACACUGGCGCCAAGGACCUUGAGCGCGGCGAGCUUCGCCGUGGUGCGCCUGAGUUUGCGGACGGCGACGAUGGAGACGGGGAAGAAAGCCAGUACUUCUCGGACGCGGAGGACCGGUCGUGGCCGUCUCACUCGCGCCACGACUCCACCGCCUACGAGGACUACGUCUCGCCGUGCGUGUCCGCCCGCGCGAGCUCCGUCGACGCCGACGCCGACGCCGACGGCGAGGCCGUGAGACAACACUGCAGGAAGUCGUCGUGCGUGUCAGAGGGCUCGCUGGACGACGUUGACCUGGAGGCCGGACUGAGCGAGAUCAUCAAGGCCAGCCCUGAGAAGACCGAACAGAACUGUCGCAUUUGCCACCUUGGCCUGGAGAGCGCGGCGGCCGAGUCCGGUGCCGGCAUCACGCUCGGCUGCUCCUGCAAGGGGGACUUAUCCUACGCCCACAAGCAGUGCGCCGACACCUGGUUCAAGAUUAGAGGCAACAAGGUCUGUGAGAUAUGUAGCUCGACUGCAUCCAACGUGGUAGUCUUGGGGGAUCCCGAGUUCAGCGACCAGUGGAGCGAAACAAACAGCGCCGCCGCCGCCGCCGCGCAGGCGCCGCCGCCACCAGCCGAACCCCGGAGGUUCUGGCAGGGGCAUCGGUUCCUCAACUUCCUCCUCGCCUGCAUGGUGUUCGCCUUCGUCAUCUCUUGGCUCUUCCACUUCAACGUCCCCGGCUAACAAGUUCUUUGGCGCACAUACAUGGCCCCCGAAUAAAAAAAAACUCCAAAAAAGCCAUUACUCCGGACGCCGGGUCGGUAAGUUAGCGGAUCUGGAAGAACAGGCUGGUGGGUGCUGGGUUGGUUGAAGUAAAAGCUCGACAUGGGGCCGGGGGACGAUGAUACUGCAUUUUUGUUUAUGAUGAAUGCCUUUGAUAAAGAUCAAGAGGGUGGCGAUCCCGCGAGAGAAAAAAAAGGGAGCAUGAUUGCGCGGCGUUUCUCUGACAGUGUCUAGGUGUAGUUGGAAGCAAGUAGUAGAAGAUGAUUGAUGUGUGCUGCUGGUGUUUUAUCAUCGCGAGGGUUGCUGCUAGCCUAGCCAUUUUUUUUUUUGGUUCUAGCUUUCGAAAGGUUCUCUGUUUGUUGCUUUGCGUGUUGUUUCGGCGUGUGAUGGAUUGGAUCAUGUUGAACAUUCCUCGCGCUUUGUUCCGAUGCUUCUGAUCCUUGUGGACUCGUCGGUUCUUGCUUUUGCUGUAGCGUGUCUCUGGAGGUAAUAAAGGGAAAAAAAGGGUUGUCAGAUC